AUGGGCACCCACAACCAGACAAUAUGGAGAGAUGGUUUUGGAGAACUCAGCCCUAAAUUUGGUGUCUCUAUUAAGUGCUCUGAUUCAGUGCUAACAAAUUUAUGUGGAAUAGAGGGUAGAAAGACUGUAAAAGACAGAAGCGGUAUCUAUUUCUAUCAGGAACCAGGUCUUGUUUUCUCUCCAAGCCUGGCUGAUAGUGCCAAGCCACAUGGAAUUAUUUCCUCAAGCAGAGUGACUUCCCCACCGCUGAAGGCAACACUCAAACCUACUGGAACAGCUGCAGAGAGACCAGAGGCAGAGAAAAAGCAUCCAACCACUCCUGCUUCCGAAGAAGAAAUUGGCAAUACGACCAAUUUUAGUUCAAGCCCAACAAAAGAAACUGAUCAUCUUGGGAAGCCCAGAUUCACAGGCCCUCAUGUGCGAUACAUCCCGAAGCCAGACAACAGGCCCUGUUCCAUCACUGACUCCAUCAAACGGUUCCCUACAGAGGAAGCCACAGAGGGGAAUGCCACCAGCCCACCACAGAACCCUCCUACCAACCUCACCGUGUUCACCGUGGAAGGCUGCCCCUCGUUUGUCAUCUUGGACUGGGAAAAGCCACUAAAUGACACUGUCACUGAAUAUGAAGUUAUAUCCACAGAAAAUGGGUCAUUCAGCGGGAAGAACAAAUCCAUUCAAAUUACCAAUCCAACCUUUUCUACAGUAGAAAACUUAAAACCAGAUACAAGCUAUGAAUUCCAGGUGAAACCCAAAAAUCCACUCGGUGAAGGCCCUGCCAGCAAUACGGUGACAUUCAGUACUGAAUCAGCUGACCCAAGAGUGAGUGAGCCAAUUUCUGCAGGAAGAGACGCCAUCUGGACUGAAAGACCCUUUAAUUCAGACUCUUACUCUGAAUACAAAGGCAAACAAUAUGUUAAAAGGACAUGGUAUAAAAAAUUUGUUGGAGUCUAGCUAUGUAACUCUCUCAGAUACAAGAUUUAUUUAAGCGACUCCCUCACAGGAAAGUUUUACACCAUAGGAGAUCAGAGGGGCCAUGGAGAAGAUCACUGCCAGUUUGUGGAUUCAUUUCUAGAUGGCCGCACGGGACAGCAACUCGCCUCUGACCAGUUACCCACCAAAGAAGGCUACUUCAGAGCCGUUCGUCAGGAACCUGUCCAGUUUGGAGAGAUAGGCGGUCAUACCCAAAUCAAUUAUGCCCAGUGGUAUGAAUGUGGGAACACAAUUCCUGGGAAAUGGUAGCUGCAGCACAGUUGUUUCCAAAGUACUUCUGGUUCAUUAUCACAAAAGGAAACAAAGAUCCCGUUGGAAAUCCAAUGGUGUUUGUCACCCCCACUCCAAGCUAUUUUGUUUACUGUGUAUAAAAGUUUGCAGCCCAACUGAGAGCAGUACUAGAUGUUGAUUAUUAGAAAAGAUUUCUGAGACGA